UAGAAGUGUAAGAAUGCGUGGUGGUGGCAUUCCAAGGGCUGCAAGAACAGUAGUCAGUGAUGAAAUUCGUGCCACUAUCGUUGACCAUGUAAUCAACCACGGUCUUUCACUAAGAGAGGCUGGUGAAAGAGUGCAGCCCAAUUUGAGGCGGUCAACGGUUGCCUCCAUUAUACGCAUCUUUCAACAAACCAACAGAAUGCAACGUCUUCCACCCUCUGGGGGAAGAGGAAAGCUCCUCAAUAAUGAUCAAGAGCUUGCCAUUGUAGAAAUGGUUGUUGCAAAUAAUGCAAUAAAACUGCAUGAAAUUCAAGCUAGAAUUGUGGAGGACCAUGAGAUAUUUGACAAUAUCGAUAGCAUCAGCCUCACAACCAUCACACGGACGUUGUCCAAACACAGAGUGCGGAUGAAGCAGCUCUACGCUGUUCCCUUUGAGAGGAACAGUGAGAGAGUCAAGGAGCUACGACGACAGUAUGUCCAGAGAGUUAUGGAAUUGGAGGCCAACCAGGCCCCUCAUGAAUUCAUAUACAUAGAUGAGGCAGGAUUCAAUCUGGCCAAAAGGCGUCGACGUGGACGAAAUAUAAUUGGAAAAAGGGCCACAGUUGAUGUGCUAGGACAGAGAGGGGCAAACAUUACCAUGUGUGCGGCAAUUGCAAAUGCAGGAUUACUCCAUCACAGAUGUCAGGUUGGACCCUAUAAUACCGAGCGCAUCCUUGCCUUUCUCAGUGAUCUCCACCAGCGCCUGGUUCCAGAGCAGGAUCAGGAGGGUGAAAACAUGAGGACCUUUGUAAUUACCUGGGACAAUGUGGCUUUCCAUCAUUCACAAGCAUGGAGGUGGAAGGUUUAUGACCAUCAGCCACAUGACCAGAUGUCCCUCCUUGAAGCCAUGGAUGCUGGCUGCAGGGACAUCACAGUUCAUGACUGCCAAGGGUGGAUCCGACAUACCAAGCGUUUGAUGAAAACAUGUGGCCUAACCCUGAAGAUCGCAGAGAUUAAAUGCAGUAAUUUUUACGGGCGUGGAAGAAUGGCUGGUGAGUGGAAAAGGAAGAAGUGGGUGUUUGGGAUGCUUGGCGUGAAGCACAGAGGACAGAGGACCAUGCCUGUUCUCCGCCUGGUGGCAAGACGGACCAAACGAGAACUGGUCCCAUUGAUUCUCCACCACGUUCGUACUGGAUCCACAAUAUUAAGUGAUGAGUGGCGGGCCUACCGUCAGGCUCUGCCGGCAUUUGGAUACAGGCAUUACACAGUUAACCACAGUGUGGCAUAUGUCAAUGGUGAAACGGGCUGCCACACUCAACACAUUGAGAGGGCCUGGAGGAGCUACAAGGAGACAAUUGGUAGACUCCGAGGGAAUCGCACGGAGGAUCUGCUCAGAGACCAUUUGAUUGUGAUCGAGUGGAAUGAAUGGUUGG